AUGUCAAAUUGGUCAGAUAAUUUCUGUUCUUGUGGACGUAAAAAAAGUUCUGUAUUUACGAUUUGUAAAUUCUGUAUAAAACAUGAUAUCAUGAAAUAUGAUAUUUGUUUUUGUGGAGGUCAAAAAUUGAAAUGGUAUUCUACUUGUAAAAAAUGUCAUGAGGGAGAAAAAAAGUUGUUAGAACAUAUAUGUAAAAAGCAAAUGAUUUGGCCAGAUAAUACUAAACCAAAUAUGCAAGAAGAUAAUUUUUAUGAAAACACAAUUCCAAAAUGUUUUUCAUGUUCUUCUUAUGGAAGAUCCAUUAAGCAUUUUGCUAAAGAUUGUCCGAAACAACAGAAAUACAAAAAUUUUUCAUAUGAACUUAAUCAUUAUGGUGGUAGUUAUUAA